AUGGAGAAGGUGUCCGCCGGCUGUCUGUGCGUGGCGCGCACGCUGGUACGGUCAAUUGCCUCACCAGCGCUGCGACCAGCAUUCCGAUUUAUGUCGUCGACGCCCUCCUCCUAUUCCUCCACCUCCACAGCCCUGCGGCGGCCAUGCGCAGCAGCACACCCGAUACGGCUGUUCUCCAGCACAUCAACUAACCGCAAUGCGGAUCGGCCACCAGCCAGCGGUGGCAGCAGCAGCACUGCCGCACCCGCACCUCCGCGGCCAAGCAGCGCCAGCCUCAUGGAGGGCCUGGCCGACCUGCUGCCGUCGACCCCUGGCACGUCCGGCUCGUCCCUGACCGGCCAGGCAUCGACAUCGUCGGCACUGUCUGCGUCUGCCGCCCCGUCUUCGACGCUGACCGCGGGCAUGGACGACAUUGACAGCAUGAAGAACGACGUUGAGGACAUGUUGGGCGAGUUCCACCUGGCCAUCUACGCGCACAAACACAACACACACGUGACCUUUUCGAAGCCCAACGGCAACGUGAUCAUGUCCAUGUCGACGGGCAACAUUGGCUUCAAGCGGUCGCACCGCGGCACGUACGAUGCGGCGUACCAGCUGGGCGCCGCCACCUGCGACCGCAUGUACCGGGGCAACUGGCACAAGAACAUGCACAAGAUGCGGGUGACGCUGCGUGGGUUUGGCCCCGGUCGCGAGGCGAUUACCAAGGUUCUGCUGGGCCAGGAGGGCAAGCUGCUGCGCACCAAGAUUACGCGGGUGGCCGACACGACGCGGCUCAAGUUUGGCGGCACACGGUCGCCGCGGCCGCGUCGCCUGGGUUAG